AUGAAAAAUUCCACCCGCUCAAUUUUGAACUUGAACAACGACGACAACGUCGGGAAGGGAAUACGAUAUGUUGCGAUUCUGAAAGCAAUCUCAUUGAGCUUAUCAUCGUUUGAUCGCUACACCCAGGCGACGGAGUGGUACUUUGAAACUGAAACGCCUUAUUCGUUCUAUGCCGAGUUCACCGCGGGAUGUGUGAAGGCCAGGGUCGAUCAGGGUGAACUCAAGUCUCCCAGAGAGACGGAGGCCCUGGAGGGUCCAAAUCGAUCGCUUUGGACACAUGAAUGCAAUAUUAACCCCAGGACACCUGGAUUGUAUAAAGUGGCCCAUGCUUCAUAG